AUGGCCUACACUGAACUUCAAGGUUUAUUUACUAGGUGAGCCAAGUGUUUAUUUGCUCUGAAAAUAUGAACGACGCAUGGGUUUCAAUAGAGAGGUUCAGAUUUGACUUUCACUAUCUCUCACUGGCUUAGCACGCGUCUGAUUGGUUAAUCGAAUGUAUGAAACUCAUUUGAUUGGUUGAUAGUCCCUUAAUGGUAGCGGUAACAGUAGUGGAAGUCAAAUCUGAACCUUUAUACUAAGCACUGUGUCUAUGGUGCCGUAGAGGUUUGUCAACUGGUAUGUAUCAGUGUUUGGUAGCAAAUAAAUAAAGCCUGAUUCACGUAUACCUGCUGUAUGCUGGCGGGCUAUUGUUAUUAGCAGUUCAACGUAGUAAUUCACAAAAGAAUGUAUGCAUCAACAGCUGCAAACAAUGAUAGCGCAGGCAUACCGCAGACAUAUGUGAACCCAGGCUUUAGGGCAGAGUUUUAGUUUAAUUUCCUUGCUCCUGCAGUGAGUGAACCUUUCUGAAAUUGACCACAUCUGCAGCAAGGCUUACUAUACAACCCUACAACAUUUGUUUUUUAGCGUUCUAGAUACAGAUUUUCUCGUACUACAAAUGCAGUCGUUUGACGUAAUCUUGGAUACGCCUCAUAAGAAUAGUUUGAUUGCUUUCUUCAUGGCCAUAGUUGACGUUGCAAAACAAGUUUGGUUACCUUUUGAAAAAUCAGAUGAGUAAGUAUGGACUCUGUUUCAUGAAUUCUUUCAUAAGCUUUUAUUUUUGCCUCAGUCUAAUAUUCUAAGCUAACUUUAUUUAUACUGGAUAGCUCUAUUAGUUUUAGACUAUUCUCCCUGGGAGAUUUAGCAAGGGCAUUCCCUUAUUCGUCUAGUGUUACAGGAGGAAACUGGAGUUCCCGGAGAAAUCCUGUGGUGUUUGGUAGAGGAAUACUCUUCUGACCUGUGAUUGAGGCAAUUGCCGUAGGCUUUCCUCGGUGUUGGAUGGAAAAUAUUCCUAGAAAUUUAUAGAUGUUUUACUUUUCAUAGAGUUUCCGUUAAUUCUGAAUCAGGCCAGCAGGUUUCUUUGAGGUUUAUAGUUGAAGGAAGGUUGAAAUACUCAGAACCGCGAGUUUCUAGAAGUGGCGAUGAAAUAGCUGUUGUAUUACCGAAUAUGGAAGAAGGUAGGGCAGGUAGAGAUAGUUAGGAGUUGGUAGGGAUAGUUAGGGGUUGGUAGUUGGUAGAGAUAGUUAGGAGUUAGUGGAGACAGUUAGGAGUUGGUAGUGAUAGUUGGGAGUUGGUAGUGAUAGUUAGGAUUGGUAGUUGGUAGAGAUAGUUAGGAGUUGGUAGGGAUAGUUAGGGGUUGGUAGUUGGUAGAGAUAGUUAGGAGUUAGUGGAGAUAGUUAGGAGUUGGUAGUGAUAGUUAGGAGUUGGUAGUGAUAGUUGGUAGUGAUAGUUAGGAGUUGGUAGAGAUAGUCAGGAGUUAGUGGAGAUAGUUAGGAGUUAGUGGAGAUAAUUAGGACUAGGUAGAGAUAGUCAGGAGUUAGUGGAGAUAGUCAGGGGUUAGUGGAGAUAGUUAGGAGUUCGUAGAGAUAGUUAGGAGUUGGUAGAGAUUAGGAGUAGUCAGUUGUUGGGUAGGUCGAUCGGUCAAUCAGUCUAUGCUUGACAGUAGUUAAAUGCACCUUGAUAAUAUUGAUACGUUUUGUAGUUGUCGAAGUUUGUGAGGAAACGGAAGAGCCUUGUGGCUUGGAAGCUGACACAGAAGAGACAGAAUGCCAGGAGACUUUGGAAAAGGUUACAGAAGGACAACAAGAAAUAGGGACAACCCAAGCAUUGCAACAAAAUUAUGAAGAGCAAAGAACGACAGUACAGAAACGUGAUUCAAGUUUUUGUUUGAAUAUGGAAUUUGGGAAAUGUGGUGGAAAAGUUUCUUGCAAAGGUGUGGGUUCGAACUAUCGUCGUUAUUAGAGAGGUCAGAUUUCACUUCCAUGUAACGCCUUUAAUUGGUUAGUAGGAUUGAUUAAAUGCAUCUGAUUGGUUAAUUGUAGCAGUGGUGGAAGUCAAAAUCUGAACCUCUCUUUCAUCCAAGGAUGAACAAUUGCAAAUUGUCUGUUCUCACACGAAGCUUUAAUGACAAGCAUUUUAAGGUUUCCAUAUAGCUAAGCCAAUUGCCUGAUCGGAUUGAAUUCUUCAAAUGCACUUCGCAAACAAGUAAUUUCCAACGUGAGCAUAGACAAUGUUUUUUAUCAUUGAUUGUUCAUCUAAGCUUAGAUGUAAAAGAUGAUAAUCGAUCUAAUCUACUUUGAAAAAUCCUGGAGUCAAGGUACAUCUGGUGCAAUUUGACAUUCGUAUCCAUGUUUUCUUUUGUAGGUUUUGACGUGGUAAUCACGGAGAGUAGUAGCGAAAACCAGUCUGUCAGUUUGGAGAUUUUUUAUGAACUUCCAAGCCCGUCCUAUCUGAGCUCUGGCGAAGUGCUUCUCUCACCUUUAGUCGUCGUCGGAAACAUGUCGGAAGAAGAGACCGAGCUACGACUCACGUUUCCCUUCUUACGAGAUCUUCCGGAGGAUGCCGACUUCAUGGCGAAGUGGAUCCGAUUCUAUGGUGGGUCGUCAGGCGACGAUGUUCCGAUGUGGCAAGAUAUACGAACGGCGGAGGAGUUGGACGCCUUCAUGGUCGAAAUUCAGCAAAAUUAUGCAAAACUGCAUACUCAGCAAAAUGUCAGCUUUUGUAUCGUGGGCUCGAGAGAUGAGCCCGCUGUACUGUAUGACUACGGGACAGGUAAUAUUCGCCGUACCGGUUUCAUUGUCCGUUUCUAAUAUAAAACGGGCAAACAUGUAUUUCUAACAAAAUAUUGUUCAUUUCCAGAACUUGAAGGAGAGGCUUAUGGGGAUUAUACCUACACGUAUGAAGAAUACGCCGCAUACUAUGGCACUUAUGAUACUGCAAAUUACGGCGAAAAUUAUUACACCGAAAAUAAUGACGGGGAAAGUAAUGUCACCGAAAAUAAUGUCGCCGAAAAUAAUGUCGCCGAAAAUAAUACCGCCGACAAUUUUGUCACGGAAAAUGUGGGGGCUUCUGCGGACAGUAGUGAUAGCCCUGGGACCAAUGUGACUCUUGCGUCUGCAAGCGCAGCACUGGAGAAGGCACUGCAAAGCCCGAUCCCCCGGCCUGCACUGGGGUUACCCGCUCCAGACGUCCCCACCACGCAACGUCCUGCCCGUCCCCACCCUUCGCCAUUUGACAAUGUGCCUUUGGAAAAGGAGACCAAGAAGAAAUUGAAGGUUAAAAAAGUUUGGAAGAGUUCCAAAAGUAAAAAGAAAGAUAAAGACAAAUAGAGGUUUUAACCCGAUUCUCAUGGGCUUUUUCCCCUAUGUUGUUGAACGAUGCUGAUUGCUUAUGAGACGACAAAGUUGUAGUAAUACAAGAAAAUAGUUAUUUCUGUUGUCAUCAAUUUCUUUAGGGCUGCGGCGCUGCGCAACCUGUGAACCUCAGAGUUCACUGUGCACAACGCUCCUUCCGCUCAGCGGCUCCGCUCGUGUUCCAAGAUCCGCCAUGUAAAGUGUAGUGAGAUGUAUCUCAAUACUAAUCGUAUUAAUCAUAGCCAACAGAAGCCUCUGUGGAGGAGAGAGGUGCGCAACCAAGUUUUUGCAAAAGUUCAGUGAAUACUCGAAGCGCUGAGCUUGCAAAAAUUUCCGGUAUUCUUGGGUUUUCACAACGGCAUUAUGCAGUGAAUCUGACGGGGGGUCAACUUAAAAUGUAUUGAUG